AUGGCGAGCUCUGCAGGCGUGCAGCUGUCCUUGUCACCACUGAUCCGAAAACUCCGACAUCAGCUGGCUGAGAUUCGGGAACGAGCUCUUAAGAGUAUUUUAUGUAAAUUAGAUCAUAAUUUGAUUACUUAUGUUGAUUUGGUUCAAGAAAAGCUGCUAUUUCUGAGUCUUCUGGAAUGGUUCAACUUUCCUGUAGUACCAAUGAAGGAAGAAGUACUUAAUUUAGUGAGCAUCUUAGUAAAGCACCCAUCUGCUGUGCAGCAGUUGGUUGGGAUUGGGGCAGUGGAGUUCUUCUCCCAACUUCGUCGAAGUGUGGACCCAGAUCUACAGACUGUGAUUGAUGGGAUUCUGGAUGGACUGUUCCAGCUCCCUUCUGAUGUCUGUUCUGAUUACCAGGCAAUGGCGGAUCAAGAUCAGACUUUGCACCAGAUGGCUACUCCUGUGAAGCAUGGAGUGAAGUGUUUGAAAUUUUCUACGUUUCCUUGGAUACAGCUGACAACAACAGAUAGACAUGUCCUGUCAUCAAAUGAAAGUUCACUGAGAAGCAGUAACCCCAGAUUAAUUUGGAGCACAUGUGAGCUUCUUCAAGAUGUUAUCAUGCAAGACUUCCCUGCAGAGAUCUUCCUUCAACGACCAAAGAUUGUUCAGAAUCUUUUCUCUUUGCUAAUGCUGCCUUUUGGAAGAGAUGGACAGUACCGUUUGGCUUUACAGGCAGUCUCAUGUCUGCAGCAGUUGUGUGUCUUCUUAAGGAAUAGACUGAACUUCCAUAGAGAUCCAAGUUUUGUCUCAAGUGAAACCGGUACGGUCUCCCAGAAUUCCUCAAUGUCAUACUCUCAAGAAGCCAGACAGUUCUCUCAGUCUCAGAAUCCAUCUCCUGGAAGUAGCAGCCCUCGACCAUCUGUGAUAGGGCGUACAGGUCAGCGCCCCAGAGGUGAUGGUCAAGACUGGGAUGCAGCAUCUUCCAGUGGAAGCAGUGCUCAUGCAAAUGCCAACUCCAGAGUAGUUUAUUCACCUUUAGAUAUGGGCUAUAUGGACCUGCCAGAACUGGAAAAUGAAAACUCUUUGGAAUUACAAUUCCAACAGCUUAGUCUUCCUCAGUUCAGUGUGGCUAUCUUGGAAUAUGCUGUACCUCUUCUAAGAAUAGGUAGCAAGAGAAUGAUCAUGCAGGUCCUCGAGUUGCUUGCUGAAGACCUACUGCUUAUUGUGGAUGCUGUAUCAGAAAACGUUUGGGAAGAAAGCAGUCUCUUUGGGCUAGAACUUAAAGAAAAGCUGCUUAGAGUCCUGGAUUCAUUGGGUGAAACCAUUUCUUACCACCAAAGUAAUGUGGGCUCAGGGGCAGCAGAUGCUCUUAUAUUACACCACAGAAUGAUGUUUAUUAGUGUUUCACUUUUCACAGUUCGACUGCUGCAAGUGCUUCUCCCUGUGGAAAAGGCCAGCAAAGUUUUACCAGAAAGUUUACUGGAUGCUUUAUUUGUCCUUUCUGUGGACAUGGCUUUCUGUCUGGAAUAUCCAAGUAUUCACAGCUCAGUCACAGCCUAUUUGGAACAAAUGAAUUCAGAGAACUACAGAACUUAUAAGCAAACUUCAGAGGUUGUCUAUUCAAUUGAAUGUACCUGUAACUUUAUGCUGGAUGUUGACAAAGAGGGAGAAAAGAAUCUUUUUGAUUUAUUGGAGCUGGCAGAACAAGCCCUUAAAAGUCUUCCUUAUCAUCAGUACUUUCCCCUUCUCCAGAAAUUUAUCAAAAUUUGCUCAAAUGUAUGGAAGUCUGCUCAGGCUAGCCCAUUCCUGCGUUCUGAGAGUCAGAAGCUGCUCCUUCAUCUGUUGUCCCAUCCUGUGCUGAAUGUAAGAAGCAAAACCUAUAGCUGCUGUCUUGAAAUGGUUAAGGAAUGCUUAGGCAUUCAUAAUAUUGCUAAACCUACAUCUUCAGUCUGCCAUGAAAUACAUUUCUUGCUUCAUCCCAAAGUUCUCUAUGAAAUCUGUAGUUUUGGCCUUCAAGACUCUCAACAUGAGGUAUCCUCAGCUGCCACAUUUAUGCUGAUGUAUCUUCUUCAGGGCCGAUUGAUGAUGGCACCAAUGACCUGGAACAAGUUUAUUGAGGCCCUCUAUCCUGUUGUUCCAAUUCUUCAGGGUUAUGCAGACACAGAAGAACCUCUGGGUAAAUGCAUCCUUGCCCUGAGUGAAACAAAUGAUGAAAAAGAAGCUAUUUUCCCAAGAACUACUCGGCUUAGGGCUGCCCUUCGUCUUCUAUUCUCAAAAAAGCCACUAGUUCGUUCCAUGGCACUAAAACACAUCAUGUUCCAUCUUACGGUUGAAGAAGGGGCUAACCUGAAGCGCCCACUGUUGAAUGGUGGUGUCCUCUCCAGUGUUCCUAAUCUACUUAUUGUGGAAAAACCUAUUCAGCUGAAGUUGGAUGAAGCUAAAGAGUCAGUGUUUAAGGUUGAGACUAUUGAAAAGCUGUAUGAUAUCUUUAUCUCGGGUACUAUUGAUCUAGCUUUGAGGAAGUCUGCUGCUGAACAGUUAGCUGUAAUUAUGCAAGAUACAAAAAUGCAUGAGACCAUUAAAAAGAUGGGUGUCAUAGACAGAAUACUUGGUUAUUGUGCUGAAUGCAUUCACCGUGAUGGCAGGAUCAUGGACUGUAUGGUAUUGCCAUGUCUUACACUCUUAAGGAAGUUUGUAUAUGCAGAUCCAGUUAAACGGCUGUCAUUGGCCUAUCAACCGUAUGUCUUGCUCAUGUUAUUUCGAGUUUCUUUAAUAUUCCAAGAACAUGAUGCUGUGGUGAAUGAAGUAGCGGUGUUACUUUGCCUUCUACUGUUCGAUGAAGCAGCAAGGAAAGAGAUGUGGGCUGAUGCAGUGUCCUGUGAUUCUUCUAGCACUCUCCCUUUUAGUUUGCCUGUUGCAAUUGUGAGACGAUAUCAUCUACCUGUAAGAAUUGCUGCUCAUCAUGCAGUGAGUCCUAACUCAGUGGUGUUACCAUUUUCUUGUGAACUCUGGUCCUUGAAACCUGUGUCGGACAUGCUUAAAAUGGCUUGGAAUCUGUCUUGGUUUCACAGUAUUGAUAACAUACUACAACUAAUAAAUUAUGAUUCAGGAAGCCAUGAAUUUCUAGACACAUUAAAACUGUCUUCAGCGGAUAUCAUGACACUGAAGAUAACACACACAAGCAGUGGACUGCAAGAUUGUCUUAAUUCAAUCAUUCAAGCAGUGUCCCACAGGGAAGUUAGGACUGCUGUCACUAGGAUGAAUUUUUAUGUUCUAAAUGACAGGCUGGCAUUAAUGUGCAGCAGUGGUCCUUGUGGGGCCACUUUGAAGUCUUUGGCUUGGCAAACAGCAUUAAGCAGGUUUCUUCAGGUGCUUCCGACUUCUUCAGAAGAUGAAAAACUCCUGGCUGAUGUCUUAUGUUUUCUAAACAAGUUACUAAAGGAGCAGCAAAAUACUUUGGAUGUUGAACACUUAAAGUGGAUUAUGGAUGUAGCGCUGAAGCAUAAUCCAGACUCUCUACUAGAUCUGGUUGUGCAGCCAGAAUCCCAGGCACAAGAUGAAAUGGAUGACACAAAGAGUGCUGUCAGACGACAACUGCAGAAAGAAUUGAUUACUUUCUUUAAUACACUUCUGCUCAGCUUCAUAUCAGUUACUGACAGGAAAGAGCUAGAACUUGCUGGCUAUGUCCGAACAGAACUGGCCUUGAAACUUAUGCAGUAUUUACGCAUAACAGAUGCUCCUCACUUCUAUGGAUUGCCCUCUUUGGAAAGGACUCUAAGAGGAAUGGUUCAUGUCACUGCUGUUCCAGGCUGGAGUUCCUACUCAGUUACAAUGGAGCCAUUUGCAAUUUGUAAGAAAUACUUAGCCGGGCUUCUUGAGGUCAUCUCUUCUUUUUAUGUUGAAUGGAGAGGAAAUGCCAUGUCCUUCAUGGGAAAAGGUGUCACUAAGUGUACUAUUAUUUGUUUGCUUCACUUGACCCACGAAAUGAUGAUUCAAGCUCCAAAUGUGGACUGGGUAUCUCUCUGGUUCUUGCCAUGUGACAACAGUGAAGAACAAUUUACUUCUCCGCAAGGCCUAGCUUGGCUGAUUCCUUUAUGGGUGGAUAGAGAUCCAGAGGUAAAGUUCACCUCACUUGCGAUAGGAUCAGCACUCACAUCCCUUGAAGCUGGAUGUCUUGCUCUGGCUGAAAGCUGUCAGAAUAUUUCAGGAGGCUUAUGGGGAACUGUAAUCAACAUCCUUCUGGACCAGUCUGAGUGUAGCAUGGUCCGAAGAGAGGCUGCAUUUAUUCUUCAGAAUCUAUUGGUGAUCCCACUACCCACUGAAGAGGUUAAGGACUCCAUUUGGCAGGGACCUUGUGUGCAUGAUGAAGAAUCUGGUUUAUCUCUGACUGGAAAACCUGCCCUGCAGGCCCUGUUAUAUCAUUACCACUUUUACGAGCAUUUGAAUGAGAUGGUGAGACAGUGCUACCUAGGUCGAUAUACAUUUGACCUGAACUGUUCCUUGGGAGACAACCUGGCAGCAGAAAAAAAUAGUUUAAGUGAUUUUGAUGACUCCAUUAGCUCUUGGAGGCACCUAUCUAAUCAAAGCCGGUCUCCAAGUUCUCAGUCAACAUCUGAGACUAUGGUGAGUUCAAAGAUAGGCACAAGUGAAUUACAGCCUGAACUAGAGACACCAUCAGUUCUGCCACCAGCCAGUUCUGAGGUGGUGGUCCCUCAAGGAUGGCAGAGUGACACCACCACAACACCAUCCUCAAGUCCAUACGAUUCCACACGGUCCACCAUUAGACCUAAUCAGUGUGCUGUGGUCACACCCCCUCUUAUUUCAGCUGUGUGUGGCUUACUGGAUAACCUGCUGCUUGUCACUCCAAAAGACACUGGGAUUGUUCUUCUGCAAGCACAAACACUAACUGCUCUCAGUAGCCUUGUAAAUUCAAGCUUGAUAGAGAGAUGUAUCUUGGAAAUGAAAUCGCCUCUUCCUUGGACAUUUCAUAUGGAGUAUACAAAAAUUCAGGUUUUAUUUUUACUGCAGUUUAUCUCAUCAUUGUCCCAGCUCUUGCAGUCAUGCUUGUUGACAGACACUCAGCUUGUGAUGCAGGAUAAAUUAUUGACACCUCUCUUAACAAAUACCUUCAUGGUCCUUUCCAUUCGCUCAAAGGAUGGCUUAGAGCGUGAAUUAUCUGCUGCAGUUCACCAAGCCUGGGAAGACAUAUUCAGCCUUCUGGCUACGCUGUUAAGAAAAUGUGGACGUACUGCUCUCCCAUCUGUGACUGCAGCACUCGCAAAGCAUUGGAUUGCAGUAAUUGAUACAGUAUGUGAAUGUGUGCAUCAUUCUGGUGGUCACCCUGGCUUGUAUGUGGCCUGUUUGCAAUUCCUGGCCAUUCUCUUUUCUGAGGAAGGGAAGCGAAUGCUUCACAACAAAGAGAGUGCUUGCUACCACCCAACUGUGGUUUUCCUUCUAGAUGAAGAUGAAGGGAGUCGAACAUCUGUAGCCCAACUUUGUGAAUCAAUAAUUCAGAACUAUGAAAGGAAAUCCUCAAAAGACAUUUUGAAAUGCAUUGCUGCAAGUGCUUUACUUCCGCUUUUGGCCAUCAGUAAAAGUGCUCAGAAGUGUGCUUUAGAAGCCAGCCUUGUAGAAAGCUGCUUGGAGCAGAUGAAGCGCGUUCAUGCACAACUGAACCUAGAUUCCUUGAGGCCUGGAAAAGCAGUCCAGAGAAAAAAGGAUGAUCACCUCGGCAAAGAAUUAAAGCUUGUCAUGCAGCUCCUAAGAAACUGUUUCUUUCGAAAUGAAGGCUGCAAAGCAGCAGCCCUUGGAACUCACCUUAUCUCUGUUUUGCACUCUAUGUGGCCAUGGCUUUUAAUGGAUGAUUCGCUGAUGCAAACAACUCUGCAUUUACUUUGUGUCUACACUGCAAACUAUCCUUCAGGCUGUAGUCUCCUCUGUCUAGCAAGUGGUUGAUCUCCUCAUCAGGCAGCCCAGAGAACUGCUGCUGGAAAUUCACUAAUGCACAGCAUUGUGAAGUUAGCAACCCAAACCCCAACUGAAAACAGCGUAAUUCAACAGAUGACCUUUAAUCUUCUGGCUAACCUUGUUGUAGCUCAUGACUGCAAGGGCAUACUUCAGAAGAAUAACUUUCUACAGAACUUCUUGUCAUUACCAUUGCCAAAGGGAGGAAAUAAAAGCCUUGGUAUUCCUGCUGUUGCUUGGUUGAAACUCCUGUUGAACUUAUCAUUUGGAGAAGAUGGGCAGCAAAUUAUUGUGAAGAUGAAUGGAAGCUUAGAUCAACUUACAGAGAUGACCAAGUACAAACACAAAAGUAAUCCAUAUAUGGUCCUCCUGAUUCUGCACAACAUUUGCUUUAGCCCAGCCAACAAAGCCAAGAUACUUGCUAAUGAUAAAGUCAUUGCGGUGCUGUCUGCUUGCCUGGAAAGUGGUAGCCCUAUGGCCCAAAGAAUAGGGGCAUCUGCACUUUGGGCUUUGCUUCACAAUUACCAGAAGGCAAAAGUGACUUUGAAGAAUCCAUCAAUAAAGAGAAGAAUAGAUGAAACUUAUGCUUCAGUAAAGAAAACUGUUCUACAGAAUCAAGAAAGCCAGCAGGAUGUCUAUCACUUAAAAUGUCUGAAAACCCUAGUGCAGCUUCUCAGUAGUUGA